AUGGGGGAGAAGCGACGUUCCUGUUGCGCCUGCCUCGCUACCUCGGCAUCUUUCCCGCUGGGGGUUUAUUUGCGGGGGAGACCUAUGGCCGAAGCUCGCCUCCUCAGAACUCGCCCGCCUAAGGCGAGUCGCUCUUUUAAAUUCACUUUGGGAUACCUGUUGCCUUCCAAGUUCAGAUUCAAUUUCAGAUUCAAUUUCCAACCUUGGGCCGUGAAGAUGUCUGUCCCUUACGAUCGUGCCUUCGAUCUGCUCAGCAAUAGCCAGAACGGCCAUAUUCCUGCUUCCCAGCGUAUCCCCGUCAUCGCGAGGCCGUUUGUUAGUGAGAGGGCGGCGAAGACUCUUGAUAUUGUCGAGAAGUUCGUCGAAGAGGAAUGCAUUCCCGCGGAUGCCGUCUACGUGCGCCAGAUUGGCGAGACGACACAAGAGCGCUUCAGCUCGCACCCAUCCAUCAUUGAGGACUUGAAGAAGCGUGCACAGGAAUUGGGCUUGUGGAAUAUGUUCCUGCCCAAGGCUCAUUUCAAGGAGGGUGCUGGGUUCAGCAAUUUGGAGUAUGGGCUCAUGGCUGAGUACCUGGGCAAGUCAAGGACGGCUAGUGAGGCUACCAACUGCGCUGCCCCGGAUACGGGCAACAUGGAAGUCAUUGCCAAGUAUGGCACCGAGGCUCAGAAGAGGCAAUGGCUUGACCCUCUGCUCAAGGGCGAGAUUCGCUCUGCCUUCUUGAUGACAGAGCCUCAGGUUGCGUCUAGUGAUGCUACCAACAUUGAGAUGACCAUCAAGCGUGAUGGCGACUCGUAUGUUCUCAAUGGACAGAAAUGGUGGUCUUCAGGUAUCGGUGACCCCCGCUGCAAGAUCUUCAUCGUACUGGGCAAGACGGACCCCAACAACUCGGACAAAUACAAGCAACAAUCCGUCAUCCUCGUUCCCAACACUGCCCCAGGCAUCACCAUCCACCGCAUGCUGUCCGUCAUGGGUUUCGACGAUGCACCCCACGGCCACGGCCACGUCACAUUUACCAACGUGCGCGUGCCCGCCUCCAACAUGGUCCUGGGCGAGGGCCGCGGCUUUGAGAUCAUCCAGGGCCGCCUAGGACCCGGCCGAAUCCACCACGCCAUGCGCAGCAUCGGGUCGGCCGAGAAAGCACUAGAAUGGUUCCUGGCGCGCAUCAACGACGAGCGCAAGAAGCCGUUUGGCCAACUCCUCAACAAACACGGCAUCAUGCUCGAGCGCGUCGCCCGCUCCCGCAUUGAAAUCGACGCCGCCCGCCUCGCCGUCCUCAACGCCGCCAUCCAAAUCGACCAGACGUCGGCCAAGGGCGCGCUCAAGGAAAUCGCAGAAGUCAAGGUGCUCGUCCCCGAGGUCAACCUCAAGGUCAUUGACUGGGCCAUUCAGGCCUAUGGUGGCGCCGGUGUGUCUCAAGAUACCCCUCUUGCAAACAUGUACAGUUCUGGGCGCACCAUGCGCAUCGUCGAUGGGCCGGAUGAGGUGCAUCUUUUGCAGUUGGGACGCAAUGAGAAUAAGAGGGGCCCCGCGCAUAAAAAGCGCAUCGAGGCGCAGCAGAAGAGGGGUGAGGAGUUGUGCAGACAGUAUGGGAUUGAGCCGAGGGAUCCGCUGUAUUUGAAUCGUGUGAGUGGGAAUGUGAGUAAGUUGUAG